AUGCGUCUGCUAUACUUCGAAGUGGUCGCGCUGGCCGCUGCUUUCGCUUCGAUCCAUGCGGUUCCGACUGCUGUCGACCCGGUGCCUGUUCAUGAGUCUGACGUCACUCUCGUGCUUCGUGAGACGGAUGAAUCCGUCAUUGAAGCAAGCGGAGCGAGAUUGUUGAGGGCCGUUGUAACAAAAAAAGGUUUUGUUCCCAUGCCAACUAUCAUGGAGGAGAAAGCAACCAUUCUAAGCGUAUUUCGCCGUUUCGUUACUGGAACCGCCGAUGAAACCAAAGCUUGGACGACGGUCUUGGCGAAAAAGGCUGACACCGCAUGGAAGAGAAACAUGAAAUCAACAAACGAUUUUUUUAAAACGUUGAACAAUCUAGCGAAAUCAUUUCGGCAGGCGGAAAUUCUCCAAAGAAGCUUAAGGUCCUACAGGAAAUGA